AUACGCACCUAUGCUGUGAUUCCUCUCAACGAGGAGUGUGGCAUCAUCGAAUGGGUCAACAACACUGCUGGACUGCGGCACAUCCUGACCAAGCUCUACAAAGAGAGAGGUAUCCACCUGUCGGGUAAAGAGCUGAGGAAGCUCAUUCUACCAAAGACGGCUCCUUUUGAGGAGAAACUACGAAUCCACAAGGAGGUGCUGUGUGCCCGACAUCACCCUGUCUUCUAUGAGUGGUUCCUCCGAACAUUCCCUGAUCCAACAUCCUGGUACAGCAGUCGCUCUGCAUACUGCCGCUCCACUGCUGUGAUGUCCAUGGUGGGCUACAUCCUGGGUCUGGGAGAUCGCCACGGAGAAAACAUCCUUUUUGACUCAUUCACUGGAGAUUGUGUUCACGUUGACUUCAACUGCCUCUUCAACAAGGGGGAGACGUUUGACAUGCCUGAGGUGGUUCCUUUUCGCCUGACUCAAAACAUGGUACAUGCCAUGGGGCCCAUGGGCACUGAGGGCCUGUUUAGGCAGGCAUGUGAGGUCACACUAAGACUAAUGAGAGACCAGAGAGAGCCACUCAUGAGUGUGCUUAAAACCUUCCUUCAUGACCCUCUGGUUGAGUGGAGCAAACAAGGCAAAGGACUAUCGAAGACUCCAGCCAAUGAGACGGGAGAGAUACUUAAUGAAAAGGCGAAAACACACGUGUGUGACAUUGAUCAGCGCCUCCAGGGGGUAAUAAAGAGCAGGAACAAAGUGCUGGGUCUGCCUCUGUCAAUAGAGGGACACGUGCACUACCUCAUCCAAGAAGCCACAGAUGAAAAGCUGCUCUGUCAGAUGUAUCUGGGCUGGGGUCCAUACCUGUAA